AUGGUGACACGUACGUACCGAGAACAAUCCCGCGAUCUUGUCUCGCGAGGCCUCACACCAAAAGUGUUUAUCACUAAUUCCCUUUGGUGUAACGGUCCAGUAUGGAUUAAGGAGCCUGAAGAGAAUUGGCCUCUAUCGCACUUGGAACCUAUCGAAGUACCUGAACGAAAGAAACCUGUUGUGAGUUUAGCAGUCAAUUUAACUCGUGAGAACGAAAUAUCUACUUCUCUUUUUGACAAGGCACAAAUCUUCACUAAACUAAUACGCGUGAUAGCUUACUGUCAAAGUUUCAUAAACAUUAAGGUUCACAAGCGUGAGAUACAGGGCCACCUAUCUUCAAUUGAAUUUAAAAUCGCGACUAAUUCGAUAAUUAAAUUAUUACAACACAAAGCAUUUCCAAACGAAAAUAAAAUGCUAAAAUCAGAAAAACAACUCGAUGGCAGAUUAGCUCCGCUUAGCCCUUUCUUAGAUUCGGAAGGUAUUCUCAGAGUUGGAGGCCGAUUGAAACAAUCGGAUCUUAAUUAUUCACAAAUGCAUCCUACUAUUUUACCUCAGAAUCAUAAUAUUACCAUGCUUAUCAUUCGCGAUCAACACUUAAAAUUAACGCAUGCUGGGUCUCACGCCACGCUCAAUGCCAAUCAAGAUUCUUAUUGGAUUAUGAACGGAAAAAACAUAGUGAAAAACGUAAUCAGAAAAUGCGUAAUUUGUUGUCGCACGAAACCGCAAGCUCCUACUUACUUCAUAGAAGUUGUCAGUGGUCUGACAACUGAACCUUUUUUAGCUUGUUUGAGCCGAUGUUUCUCUAGACGUGUAGAGAGUUUCGACAAUUAUUCCGAUAACGGUAGGAACUUUGUGGGUGCAAAAAAUGAAGUUGAUGCAAUCUGUCAAUUCUUAACCUCUAAGGAACACAACGAUACUGUUUGUCGCAUUCUCUCUAAUCAUCACAUUAAUUGGCAUUUUAUUUCCCCGCGUUCGCCACACUUCGGCGGACUCUGGGAGGCCGCGGUAAGGUCCUUUAAGCACCACUGGGUUCGCGUUAUCGGCGAUAAACUUUUAACUUAUGAAGAGUUCACAACGCUCGCAACCGAGAUAGAGGGUAUCCUAAAUUACCGUUCUUUGACACCUGUACCCUCAGAUCCCAACGAUUUAGCCGCCCUCACACCCGGUCACUUUCCCACAGACAAUAAAGAAGAUUCAGAUGAAGAAAAAGAAACCGCAGAAGAAGCAUUACCCGAAAUUAAAUCCUCAAACAACCAUGAUGAACGAGACCUAGAUGCACCGCCGCCUAGGGACGAAAAAAAUAGAAUUAAGUUACCCGCUCAAAGAAUGCGUGAACCAUCAGUGGAUGAAGAAGCAAUCAAUCCAUUACCUGAAAUUGUUCCUAUCCUUGAAUGGAAUAAAGAAUUAGUGGAGGAAUAUUUGAAAUGGAAAACAAAGAAAACAACACCAAGAGCUACUAGGAAACCUAAUGCAGGAAGAAAGCUGUGGGAGAAAAUACAAAAAAGACACACAGAAGACAUCAAUGCUGUUCAACUUACAUCAUAUGACGAGAAAAAAUGGCUUACCAUACUGGAGGAAGUUAGGCAAGAAAUGUUAAGAAGACAAUUAAGUAUUUUAUGA